UGAGAAGGAAACGUCUCGAAAGCGGCGCAUCCUGCAACAUACGGGCACUAAUCAGCCCAAAAAAGAUGGCCGCCAAGUUAUGCAAUUUAGCAUAGUUUCAAAGCCAAAAUGAAGAUCGACCGAACCAAGCUGAAGAAGUCUUCGACUGAAGUGCCUGCUGAUUGCCGGACACUCAUAGAAAAAAUUAAGUCAGCAGAUGAAAAUCUCUUGCAGGAGUUAAAAUCUGUGAAAACAUGGACUUUUGGCAAGUGUGAGCUGUAUCACUUCUCGGACAUUCUUGACCUGUUUGAUAAUGUUUUGGAAAGAGCAUGCAAAAUCGAGGAAAACAAAAAGUGGACCCUGGCCUGUGAUAUUGCUGGCAAUGAGAAGUUGAAAACAUUGCUGUUGGAAGUGUUGCGGUUCUCGGCUCUUCUCAUAGAACACAGCUUCUCUCGUCACUUGUACAACUCAAUGGAGCACCUAACAACGCUGCUGAUAUCGUGUGACAUGACUGUGGUACUUGGAGUUCUCAACCUGCUCUAUGUAUUCAGCAAAAGAUCAAACUUUAUUACUCGCUUGAAUCCAGAUAAGAAGCAAGCUUUGCUGGUCCGACUGACACAUCUUGCAGAAAGUUGGGGAGGAAAAGAAAAUGAAUUUGGUUUAGCGGAUUGUUGCAAGAAUAUGCCUAUUACACAUUUUCCUGCAAGUGCAACAACAUUGCACUUCGAGUUCUACACUGAAAACAAAGACGAUAAAGCUGGGAAGAAACCUUCUAAUAGCAUCCAAAGUAUUCAUAUGGAUAAUGUUGACAAAGCUGCUGAUCUUCCGUCUUCGAUCAUGGAACAACUUGAGAGUUUCAACGUACCAACAGAAAAACAGGUUCUCCUCUACACCCAUAUCCGACUGGCUCAUCUCUUCUCAAAAUAUGAGGCUCGGGUGCAGUGUGUACAGGCAAGGCUUCAAGCUAUUGCAAUUUUAGUUUAUUCCAAUGCCAUACAAGACAAUUUGAAUGUGAUUCUCUAUCCAGGAUUAAUAGAGGAACUGGUUGACAUCAUAGAACUUGAAGAUUUUGUUCUGGUGGAUAUUAAAGCUGCUGCUUUGAGAACGUUGACAUCCAUUAUUCAUCUGGAAAGAAAUCCAAAGUUAAACAGUAUUAUUGAUGCCACUGGCGCGUCAUCGUACCAUGGCUUUCUACCCAGGCUUGUCAGGCAGUGUAUACAGCAUAUGAUAGACCCAGAGCUGGAAGCCUACCCACAGCAGUAUGCCACUGCACUGUUCUCUUUCCUGUACCACUUGGCAAGUUAUGAAAAUGGAGUUGAGGCACUUGUGUCCUGUGGAAUGAUGGAAGCUUUGCUCAAUGUGAUCAACUGGUAUGCCCAGGGUCAAGAGCAUAUUACAUUUGUGACCCGAGCUGUACGUGUUAUUGAUCUCAUCACAAAUCUGGAUAUGGCAGCUUUUCAAGCCCAUGGGUGUUUACAGGCAUUUAUCAACAGACUAGAGCAUGAAGUUGGAAUCUGCAAAAAAGAGCAGCCUUAUGUGAUCAGGCCCACAAGGCGGACUAUGAGUGAGGACUCACAAUUAGAAUCUCCACCUACUCCCAUGGAUACCGACAUGAUACAGAGCACAGAUAGCUUCACAUCAGUGUCAUCACCCGUCGCAACAACGGCAGACUUGGAUAGCCCAGUGCCAGGUGUCCAGUGUUUUCCACAAAGAGCUGCUCUUCUCAAAUCCAUGCUGAAUUUUCUGAAAAAGGCAAUUCCAGACACAACAUUUGCAGAAAGUAUUAGGCAUUUAAUGGAUGGAUCUUUGCCCAAAUCUUUAAAACACAUAAUCAGCAAUGCUGAAUACUAUGGGCCUUCUUUGUUCUUACUUGCAACUGAUGUUGUUACGGUGUAUGUGUUUCAAGAACCCUCCCUGUUGUCGUCUCUCCAGGAUAAAGGACUCACUGAUGUAGUUCUCAGUGCUUUGCUCAUAAAAGAUGUGCCUGCAACAAGAGAGGUUUUGGCAUCCUUGCCAAACGUGUUCAGUGCUUUGUGUUUGAAUACUCGUGGCCUUGAAGCAUUUGUGGCAUGCCGACCGUUUGAUAGACUUUUUAAAGUUCUGUUGUCACCAGACUAUCUUCCUGCAAUGAGAAGACGAAGAAGUUCUGAUCCAUUUGGUGACACUGCAAGUAAUCUUGGUAAUGCAAUGGAUGAACUCAUGAGACAUCAGCCUUCUUUGAGAACAGAUGCCACCAAAGCUAUCAUAAAGCUGCUGGAAGAAGUGUGUGCGAUGGGUCGUGAUCCGAAGUAUGUUUGCCAGAAACCGCAGCCUAAAGCUGAACAGAACCUAGCCCUUUCGGUGAGAUCUCCGCAGCCUAAUGACGCUGGCUCAUCAGAUGAAGAGGAGGAGGAUGACGACAUGCAGAGUGCACACAAUGAGUCCUCCAUUGCAAAGCAGCUGCCGCCAGGAGACGUUAUGCAAAAUGCUGCAUCAUCUCAGGAUCGACAAGCUAUUCCUUUGAUGGACUACGUACUCAAUGUUAUGAAGUUCGUGGAAGCGAUUCUGAGUAACAACUCUACUGAUGAUCAUUGCCGUGAGUUUGUCACACAGAAAGGACUGCUACCGCUGAUGGGCAUUCUUGGCUUGCCCAAUCUGCCGAUAGACUUCCCUGCAUCUCCAGCAUGUCAGUCUGUCGCAAUCGUUUGCAAAGUUAUCCUGAGCUUGUCAAGGGAACCUCAAGUACUUAAACAGGGUUUGCUUCACCUUAUGGAAGUGCUGCAGACACUUGAGCCGCUCCACAAGCCUCUUGAUACACCAGGCGGUUCUGUACUGCUGCGUGAACUGGCCAGUGUGGCCAACGUACAAGACGCAACGUUCUCACCACAGGCCACCCCACUUCUGCACGCCCUUUCAGCUGCCCAUGCAUACAUAAUGAUGUUUGUGCAUGUCUGCAACAUGGGACAGACUGACAUUCGAACAAUCUCUGUGAGCCACUGGGGCUCUGAACUUGGAUUACAGGUACUGCAGGGCCUCAGUCGAUUGUAUACAUCUCUAGUCUGGGAGAGUACAGUUCUCCUCGCACUCUGCAGUGAAGACAUUUUACCUGCUGACUGUGAGUUUGGCAGGGCGGACAUGGACAAAAUCCUACCCAAGGAGCAGAAGUGUGAGAAAGAAGUGAAAGAUUCAGAGGAAAGUUUGACACUCGCGCGUAGCUCCGACGAGAUGGGCAGUAAUGGUGUUAGCCAUGCCAUGGAAUCUUUGACCACGUCGGAAAACCCCGAACAACCAAUGGAAGUUGCUGAAAACUCCGCUACGAACACUGAUAAAGAUACAAAGAAGUCGAAACUUUCACCUACACUCCAGGCUCAGAUAAAACAGCUGAAGCCAUUGUUGUCUGUGUCAUCGAGACUGGGUCGAGCGCUGGCCGAGUUGUUUGGAUUGUUAGUGAAACUGUGUGUUGGCGCUCCUGUCAGACAGAGACGCAGUCACCACCAGACGCCAAUUUCACCCGCAGCACCCACUCCAGCUGCCAAGGCAGUGUCCAAAGCACUGACGAAACUCCUUGCUAAUGGGCUCUUGUGGUCUCCUCCUCCUUAUGCCCCGGUGCCAAAGCUCAGAUUGACAUUCCUGGUAUGUUCUGUUGGAUUCACAUCACCUAUGCUGUUUCAAAAGAAGCAACCCUAUCACCUCAUGUUGCAGAUGUUCGAGUUAUCGGGAGGACAAGAUGCUUUGUUUCAGGCAUUCUCUUGGGCUUUAUCAAUGGAUGGGAAAGUGCCACUAACAGAGGGAUUGGAGCAUACUGAACUGCCAGAUGGUUCUGGAGAAUUCCUGGAUGCAUGGCUUAUGCUGGUGGAGAAGAUGGUCAACCCUAAGACUGUUCUGGAGUCGAACCACACGCUACCGAGCAAGUCGACACAACCAGGCUUUACACCUUUCAGCCCAGUUCAGUACCUGAUCAGUACACAGAAGGCUGCUUUUAAUGCUGUGAUGAACCUGUGGAACAAACAACCUCUGAAAGUGUACGGGAGUAGAAUGUCUGAAUCCAUCCUAGCUAUUCUGUGUCAUAUCAUCAAAGGAGAAGGCAUAAUAAAGGAGCAGUUAGCCAAGGAGAAAACUCUGGAAGUUGGUGAUGGUGUUAUUCCCACAGCACCCCCUUUAGUUGCACCAGUUGCCAACAACUUGAUAGCUGCGUCUGUGGCUGCUGCGUCACCCAUCUCUGUCCAGCAGAGACAGGAGCCCGAAGUGAAUGAAGGAUUCCUACAACAUCUAAUUGAUAUGGGUUUUAGCAGAGAACAUGCCCUUGAAGCUUUGAGACAUACAACGACGCUGGAACAAGCCACAGACUACAUUCUGUACCAUCCUCCUCCAGCCAUACCGCCAGUUGCACAUGGUGUAGACAUGACAGAAGAAGACCAAAUGAUGCGAGCCAUUGCUAUGUCAUUGGGAGAGAAUGUUGUAAUGUCCACUGAUCAGGAAGAACCGAAAAAGGAGCAAGAAGAGGAGCAAGAAAGCGAGACUGAGAAGCAGGAAACCGAGGAGCCUUUAGACAAGGAAGUGUUGGACACCUUCACAGACACAAUGAUACCAGGCUGUAUGAAACUGCUGGAUACCCUGCCUGAAACGGUGUACAGAGUCUGUGAUUUGAUAGUAGUUGUUACUCAGCGAAAUGGAAAUAAAUGGAGGAAUAAGACACUUGCCACACUUGUGCAUGAGAUCAAUAUGUUGGGCCAGAAUCUGUUGAAGAAAAUGGAUGAUGAAUCCGUGACUAAAGAAUCUCUCGAGAAGCUGUUCAAUGAUCCAGAAUGUGUCAAGUUUGCCACACGGUUGCAUUUGCUUAGUCUCUUGUUUGAGGAGAUGAUGAUGUCUUGUGCAGAAGCGGUGGAGACAGAACAGUUGGUUGAUCUGCUGAUCCAAGUGGUACAUGCCAUGCAGGUGUCUUUAGCCCAGGUUAAAGAUGCACCCACUCCCAAAUGGCUAGCCCCGUUGCUGUUGAUGUUGGAUCUAUUUGAAAAAGUAUCUGUGAUAUCCCAAAGGAAGAUUCAAGCAUUAUCUGUUAUUAAAGACUGUCACACUUGGAAAUGGUUUGACGACAGCAGUGGGCGAUGGUGCAAAUACAGCUUAAGUAAUAACAAAACCAUAGACGAUGCCUUUAGAGCUGGGGAGACCAGCAUCAGAUUUCAAGCUGGAAGAAGAAGGUAUGCUGUUCAGUUUGGAUCUAUGGUGCAGGUCAAUGAAGAGACUGGUAACAGAAGACCUAUUAUGUUGUCACUUCAAACCGCUGAAGAAAAAGCACAAAAAGAAGAUUUGAAAGAUGCUAUCAAAAAUGAGACUGAGCUGGAGCCACCAAAAGAGGACAAGAUGGAGACAGAAUGUGAAGAUGAAAAAGCGAAAGCAGAACCAAUUUUGGUGAAUGGAUUAAAUGAUGAUCAAGUCACAACAGUCAUAAGGUCGAUAGUGUCCCUGAUUGGGAUUCCGGUGGACCCUGACACACUGCAUGCCGCUCUCCGACUCACGCUGCGUGUCACCCGGGUACACAAGUAUGCAGUGCUGUUUGCAGAGCUUGGGGGACCCAAACUGCUGUUGUCUCUCACACAAGUAUCAGGAUUCCAGGGCUUCAUAUCCUUGACAAACUUGAUCUUCCGACACAUCCUUGAAGAACCAUCGUCACUCCGAUAUUGCAUGGAAAAGGUGAUGAGAAGUGCAUGCAGUGGAAUUGGAUCCAGCUUAAGCGGUGUGAACACAGGAAGUAUUGGAUCUAAGGAAAUGCAUUACAUGUUCCGUGUGCUGGCCCCAGCUGCCUGCAGAAACUCUGAAAUAUUCUCUGAGGCUGCGAAGGAAACCCUUCAGAUUGCUUUGCCACCUCCGAGCAAAAUACUUAGAGAUGAAGAUGAAGCUCGGUACACUGGUCCCAAUGCUCCCCAAAUUCUAAAAUGCUCCCCUACAAAACACAUUGCCAUCCUAAUAAACCAGUCCAUCAAAGAUGUAGUGUAUGAUCUUCUUAAUGCACUGAUCGUCAAGGAUACCUGCAAACAAGAUGAAACAAAUGGCUUUGAGUUAAAACAAUCGCAAACACUUGCUGAAGCCAUUCUGGAGGUGGUCAAUGAGGUCAACCGUGAGCUAGGCGACAGAAACCAGGCACAUGUUGUCAACCUAACCAGUUCAUCACAACCUCAUGAGGAAGAUCCAUUGACGUCGACUGAAGUCACUACCAGUGGAGAGACCGAUAGUGAUAAAGAGCAGAAGGAACUAAAAUCUGCUGAAGAUAGUAAGAAAUGGCGUCCUCUGUUGCCAAAGUCUGCUCUGUUGCGAUUACUGUCUGAAGUGAUAAAGUCCUAUGGUAGCUGCACACACCUUAUAACUCAACACACAUACUAUGCCGGCCAGUCAGAAAUGGUUCCUGAGGACUGCUCAGUUUUGGCCUUUGUCAUGGACAACCUUCUGCAUCAGAAACAGCCGACCGGAGACAAAGACUGUCCUGAUUUGUCUCGUGUCUUUAUUGCCAGUAUUGCCUCGUGUAACUACUGCCCAGAGGCUCAGAACACUUUAGUGGUGGAAGUGAAAGGUGCACUGCAGCGAGCACUGAUACUGCCUGAAAGUCAGGAAAAACACAUGCGGGUCCAGGCUCUUACGGGAAUUAUCAGCACCAUCAUGGAAGCUUGUCCCAGCCCAGGGCAGGUGCAGAAUCAGGUUUUUAAGGGUCAGCAGAGUAUUAUGAAUAACAUUGUCAAGAUUCUCAUUAAACGUGGCCUCGUCACUGACCUGGCCAGGAUUCCUCACAGUAUUGACUUGUCAAGCCCGUACAUGGCAGCGACCAUUAACUCUGCGUUGAAGCCCCUAGAGACGCUGUCUCGCAGUGUUAAUCAACCCAUGCAGAGCGUCGUGUCGAAGCCGAAGGAAUCAGGCACCAAGGAAACAGCGUCAACAGAUGUCGGAGGUACCACCGUCCCAGCAGAAACACCACUUGCAGAUGCCAGUCAGAACCAGACCCAGGCUGAUGUGUUGGAGAACAUAGUGGCUAUUGAAGAUGUGUCUGACAGUCUGUAUUUUGAAGAGCUUGAGGAAAGCUCAUCCCAUGAUGCUGUUGAACCGGAGCUGGAGAGCCAACAACAGAGUGAAAAUCAGUUGGAGCAGGUGCUUGACACAUUGUUACAAGCAGAUGAAACAGGGGAAUCACAGGUUCUCGGUGAUGUGUCCAUGAAUGUGGGAGAUCCAGCUCCAGCAUCGCAAGGCACUGGUGAUUUCCAGGAUGUCAUCAUAGACGUUGAGUUCGAGUCGGACGACAUCGGACACCACGAUGCGCAGAUGGUCGCACAUGAAAUAUCUGAUGUAGAGGAUGACACUGAUGUUCAUGUUGAGGAUGAAGGGAAUGUUGAUGGUUCCCCUGAAAGUGCCUCAGAGGCUGACGAUGAUGAUGAUCCAGACCGAGACGAGCAUGAUGAUGAUGAUGACGACGACGACGACGAUGAUGAUGAUGAAGAUGAUGAGGGUUCGGACAUGAAUGCCGAUGAUGAUGACUACUACGACUACCAGGAUUACUCGCUGGUACCUGGCUAUGAUGACGAUUUGCUCUUCCACAUGGAAGACAUGUUUCCUUCCAACACUUCAAACUACAGAAUCGCAGGACCAAGUUACCGAAUCGGUGGAGGUGGUGGUCAACACAUUAUAUUUAAUGACAGUGCUCAGGUCCGCACUUAUCAGUUGCCUGUGUCUCUACACGACAAUGAUAAUGGCAGUGAUGGAAUGCCAAGCUUGCCUCCUGCACCAAGCAGUGUCACAAUGACGCAUCCCUUACUUGUCAGACAAACCGAUCCACACACUGUGAUGGGUGUGGCUAGAGUUCACCGGGGCAACCGACAACGCGGCUCCUACAGGCUGAAUCCAACACAGACAUUCCAUGUGAAUUUACAGGGCGGUGGUCGUCAGCCCAAUCCUCCAGUCAUCUUGCAGAGACUGCUUGGUCCUACAACUGCUGCCGAUAUUCUUCAACUGACUAGCACAUUAACUACAACAGCUGGUGGUCCCACCCACACUCGAGUUAUCUUGGCCAAUGAUGAUAUGAGAGUGAUUUCUCGGCCGGAGGAAGAACUGUUUGAAGAUUUGUUUCAAGAGAAUUACCCAGACAUUGGCUCUGUUUCUGGUUCCAGUGUGUUGUCUUGUAUUCCCUCCACUUUGCAGCGAUGGACUGAAGAAUCCAAAGUCCUAGAUGGUGACAGUGUACACAAUUGUGUAACAGUUUUGAAACCAGACAUUAUUACGUGCCUUGUUAAGAGAAGAGAUGAUGAACUUGCUGAGAGAAGAGAGAAGCGAAAAAAAGCAGCAGAAGAGGAAGAAAAAGAGAACUCCGCUGAGGAAUCACUAAUGACCACUCCUAAAAAGUUUGGGUGCACUGCUGAUCCCGUCACGUCGACACCUCUUGCCACAUCGUCCGUCACAACUCCCUCGGCAGAGAACAUGUCCAGACAAAUCAGUGUAAGUGAAGCAGUUGCAGCUGCCGAGCGUCUAGCCUCUGCUAUGGUUGAAGAGGUCUUGUCUACACCAGUGACCACGGCGACGUCCGGUGCACCUGCCGAACUGCUGACCACGUCUGCGUCGUUUGCCACAAGCACAGUGGCCAGUACGAGUGUUGUGCAGACCUCCUGUGCCGUAGCGCGGGCAGAGAUACACGAUCCCACGGUGACGGCAGCAGGCCAGGCCUCGGGGGCACAGACCUUAAUAACGCCUGCCCAGCCGGUGCCAAUUACCACAUCACUGGCUCCACUGCGCCAACAAAGAAGAAAUAAUGCACUGAAUGCCUCUUCAUCCCCAACCAGUUUGGCAUCGCUGUUGAUGUUUGGAGAUGAACGACCCAUGGAUGCGACGAGCUCACCGAAUGUUAUUCCAUCUGCCGCCUGUCCUCACCUGGGCUCCAGCGUGGAUGAACCAGUAUCUGGUACCCCGACGUCCAGUUCAGACUCAGGCACGUGUGCCCAGCCUACCAGUGAAACUGCGAUUACUCCAGAGGAAGUAUCCAACAUUACAAGUUCAGAUGCAGUCACGGUUCAUUCAUCUGCUUCAGGCAGUACAGACGAGUUGUCAUCUACUGGAAAUGUCAUGGCAUCACCCCCAGUAACGUCCACAGCAACCCUGCCUAACAACUUGCACAGUCUGGGAGCUUUGAUAGCAGAAGUUGAUGAGCUGAUAGGGCGGUCUAGUGAAGCGACCACAACCACAACAACAUCUGGUCAGAGUGCACCCAAUCCAAAUCUUUUUGGAGAGGGUGUUGACCCCUCUUUUCUGGCUGCUCUACCUGAAAAUAUUCGUCAGGAAGUGAUAGCCGAACAGAUGCGUCUCCAGCGCAUCCAGCAGAGGGCGCAGCAGCAGGCACUGAACACAGAGACUAUCGGUGGCAUGGAGGUCAACCCCGAGUUCCUGGCGGCUCUUCCACCAGCAAUACAAGAAGAGGUGCUAGCACAGCAAAGAGCAGAACAGACUCGACUGGCGGCCCAGCAACAAGCACCACUCAAUCCAGACACACCGGUUGAUCCAGCUAGUUUCUUCGCAACUCUCCCAACGUCUCUUCGACAGCAAGUGCUGGCUGAUAUGGACGACAGCAUGUUGGCAGUUUUACCAACAGAUCUAGCCACAGAGGCACAGGAGUUGCGGCGAGAAUUCGAAGAUCGCCAUCGGAGACUGAUGCAGGAACGCCUCUUUGCGCAAGCUGGGGCAGCCUCUCUGUCUGCCAUAUUACGUCAUUCAGGUGCUCGAGAGAGAGCAGGUUUAGCAGGUCGGCUAGGAACAAGGUACGCAAUACGAGCACCACGCGGAGGAAGUCAGUGGGCCUGGGGGUCGGGUCGGCUUGGUGGUCCAGCCAACAGUAACAGCAACACGCUGAAAAUGCGUGGACGCCAUCUGUUGGAUCACGAGGCUCUCACCUGCCUCUUAGUGCUUCUCUUCAUUGAUGAACCAAAAAUCAAUACCAAUCGUUUCCAUAGAGUAUUAAGAAACUUGUGUUACCACGGCCCGACGCGUGCUUGGGUCAUGCAGGCACUGUUAUCGAUACUGCAGAAAACCAGUGACUGCAAGGUUCUUAUGGAGACUGAUGACAAAGGAAAGAACAAAUUGAAAAAAGGUGUCCCUAUGCAGACAGACUCACCGGUGUCUGUUAAAAGCGAUAUCCGAAGUCAAGCUUCGUGGCUGUCUGUCAGCUUAGAAGCUGCCUUGGGGUGCCGAGCCAACGUCUUUCAAAUUUCACGAAACGCUGGGAAGAAACAUGCAAACUCGCCCAGCUCUAGUGUUAGUAUUCAUGUGCAGGCUGCUCCUGCUGUGUGUAGACACGUACUGGACACAUUAAUAUCUCUAGCCAAGAUAUUUCCAAGUCAGUUUUUCCCUAGUUCUAAAGCAAAGGAGGUUCAAAAGUGUGACGACGAAAAAGACACUGAAGGUGCAAAGCAAAAGCAGACUACGAGUGGACUCGCAAGUCCGGUAAUGAGUCCACGAGUUGUGAACAAGUUAGAUUCGAAACAGGAGGCUAAAGAAGGAAAGUGUGACACUGAUUUCUGGGAUCUUCUUGUGAGACUGGACAGUGCCUCCAGUAGUCGUAAGGGCAAAGGUUUUCCUAAAAUGCACGGAGACGGUGAGUUAAAUAGUGUGGACUAUUCCAGGGCUCCUCUGGGUCAUCUCAUGAGUAUGCUGUCACAUCCAGUGAUUCGCAAGAGUCAGGUUCUUACGGAUCGACUUAUCAGGUUACUGGCUUUAGUGUCUACAUCGUUGCCCGAGGCAUUGCAGGCAACGAAGGCAAACGUCAUGACUUCCUCAACAGCACGAACAGCCGCCCCAGGACUGAAUCCAUCUGUGAUGUUACAUCCCAUUCUCCAGCCACCAAAGCCAGCUGAAGAUCUAGAAGCUUGCAAGUCGACAAAGGAGGAAAAAGUGCCUGAAGUUGAUGAAGAUCCUGUUUUGAAAGAUGAGCUGCAGUUGGCUGUGCAGGUUCUGACAACCAAGGCUUGUUCUGAAGAAGGACUUGAGGAUGCCACCAAUUUGCUGUUGCAACUCUCGUGGGCCAACAAUGCUACAAGAAAUGCUAUCUUGGAUCUGUUACUUUCUGGAGCCAGAAAAAUAGGCCUUACAGUCUGUUCCCACAUCAGGAAUCUUCUGAAUGAGAUUCAAGACUUGAAUGUGAAGAUGAAGUAUGACCAACCGGAUGCUGAGGAGAACCGAGAUGUAGACCAAACCCCAGAUUCACAUCAUGGUAAAGGUGUUCUCACAGACAGGUUUAAUCCAACAUCUAGUGUUGUGGUUAGUGCACCUGCCAAGUUUAAAAGUAGUCGUGAGCUGCAGCUGCCUUCCAUUUCUCAACUGACCUGCAAGACGUCAAGUCAGCAGUUUUUCCUGCGCAUUCUCAAGGUCAUAAUACAGCUCAGGGAAGCUGCAAGAGUAGCAGCCAAAAAAGCAAGGAAGACCAAACAAAAAGCUGAAGUUGAAGAGACCCUUACUGACCUGGAUGCUGAUGUGUUCAGCAUAGUUGGAAUGAGGAACCCAUCUCAGUCAGCAUCUCAGUCCACAGUGCCUGCACCUUCCGGUCCGAGUUCUGCCGACCAGCCAACGGCAGGUGCCUCCGAUCAGACCCCAGUCUCAGACACUGCCAGUUCCGUUGCAGAGACCGGAAUGUCUGAGUCUGGGACUUCGGACCAGACUGCAGAAACACCAAUGGAAGUGGAAGAAAACGCAUCUGCUAAAGAAGAUGCAAAGAACAAGGAAUCGAAGUCUGAUGACGCAGUUCCUCCACUACCACGCCUGAGUGAGCAGCUGAUUCUGGAUGAGCUGUGGACAACACUGGGAGACUGCCUGACUGAACUCUCAAAGACCAAAGAUCAUCAUGCUGUACUUAUUCUCCAGCCUGUAGUCGAAGCGUUCUUCAUUGUCCAUGCAGGUGAAAAGGAAAGCAAGUCUUCUGAACCUCAGCACAAAAGGGAAGACCAAUUGGCUCACCUGAAUGCCGAGAUGGCACCCCCCUCACCGUCACCAGGUCCAUCCAUGUCGGAGAGUGCUAGCCCGUUUAUGUCCGACAACGCUCAGGCACUUACACGGGAAAACUCGGUUGCAUCUGUUUCUUCACUGGCUCACUUGCCACCAGAUACACAGAAGUUCCUCAAAUUCGCAGAAACACACAGGACAGUUUUGAACCAAAUCUUGAGACAGUCUACGACACAUCUUGCUGAUGGACCCUUCAGUGUUCUUGUUGAUCACACAAGGAUUUUAGACUUUGAUGUGAAGCGAAGGUAUUUCCGGCAGGAGCUGGACAGUCUGGACGAGGGUUUGCGAAGAGAGGACCUCCCGGUCCAUGUGAAGAGAGAGAACGUUUUUGAAGACUCGUUCAGAGAGCUCUUCAGGAGGUCGGCAGAAGAGUGGAAGCAGCGAUUCUACAUCGUAUUUGAAGGUGAAGAGGGUCAGGAUGCAGGUGGCUUGCUGAGAGAAUGGUAUCUGAUCAUUUCUCGAGAGAUUUUUAAUCCCAACUAUGCACUUUUCAAAACAUCACCUGGAGACCGUGUCACAUACACAAUUAACCCGUCGUCACAUUGUAAUUCCAAUCACCUUAGCUACUACAAGUUUGUGGGGCGGAUCAUAGCCAAGGCAGUGUACGAUAACAAACUGCUCGAGUGUUACUUCACCAGGUCCUUCUACAAGCACUUGCUCGGACUGCCAGUCAGAUACACGGAUAUGGAAAGUGAGGAUUAUGCAUUUUACCAGGGUCUAGUCUUCCUUAUUGAGAACAACGUCAAAGAUCUUGGCUACGAGCUGAUGUUUAGCACUGAGAUUCAAGAAUUUGGUGUCACAGAAAGUCGUGAUCUCAUGCCAAAUGGGCGAAAUAUUGCUGUGACUUCAGAAAACAAAAGAGAAUAUGUGAAACUUGUGUGCCAAAUGAAGAUGACUGGAGCCAUUCGCAAACAGCUGAAUGCAUUUCUGGAGGGCUUUUAUGACAUAAUUCCCAAGAAACUGGUUGCUAUAUUCAACGAACAAGAACUGGAACUUUUGAUAUCUGGUUUACCCAUUGUUGACAUUGAUGACCUGAAGGCCAACUGUGAAUAUCACAAGUAUCAGCCAAAUUCACUACAGAUCCAGUGGUUCUGGCGUGCCUUGAGAUCUUUUGACCAAGCAGAAAGAGCCAACUUCCUACAGUUUGUGACAGGCACAUCAAAGGUACCACUGCAAGGAUUCUCGCAUCUUGAGGGCAUGAAUGGCAUCCAGAAGUUCCAGAUUCAUCGGGAUGACCGUUCUACUGACCGGCUGCCAACGGCACACACCUGCUUUAACCAGCUGGAUCUGCCAGCGUACGAGACCUUUGACAAACUUAGACACAUGCUGCUUCUGGCUGUCAGCGAAUGCUCUGAAGGUUUUGGCCUGGCCUGAGCUGCCUUUCUGCUUCAGGCUGACUGUAAUAUUCCAGCAUCACCAGAGUAGAUGGGUGAUUCCUCUAAUGAUUCGUGUCUGAAUGUUCACACUUAAAAAACCCUGAAUUUGUUAAUAUUGAGUUGGGCUACUGAGUUGUCUUCAAGCCCGAUAUCUCUCUAGAUUAUGGAUACUUUCCAGUUCCAAAAUUAGACUGGAGCACUGAACUCCUUAGAAAGUGAUAAACAUAAGACCCGUUUCUGUCUUGAUGUACAUUUAGAUUGAUAACUUUUGACUAUCCCGUUGAAAUACCAUUAGGCUGUUGUUGUGCAACUUAGAUUUACCAAAUUUGUAAUUUUGGAUGGCUUAUGACAUGGCUUUGUGCCAGUUACUUUGUGUAAAUGUUUACCGAAAAGGGCUUCUGCCAACCUAACCAAGUGCUAAGAAGACUUUGUUUUUGUGAAUGUGUGUGUGUGCGAGCGUGCGUGCGUGUCAUUUAUAUAUAUACAUACACUGUGUACAAAGAGAAUGGAUGAAAAAAGUGUUUUCUUUUUUGUGUAUGUAAGGUCAAGAUAAAAACAUAAAGCUUGAACUUGCUGACAGAAAGAUUAUGAUUGUCAGUACCAUUUUUGUUAUUUGACCCAUAAAUCCUAUUUAUGUGUAUAUGUGUAUGUGCAUGCAAGCAAGAUUGAGUGGUAAUUUCAUCAAUGCAUUCUUCCGCAGUACAAACAUGAUGCACCAAGAUUUUUGUUCUCUGUUACGUGAAUGUUAAAAAAAAAUAACCGAUGUGAAUUCGUGAUAUGAGAAUUGUAUUUGUUAAAACCUAAGUUAAAUUAAUGCAGUUCUUAUUAAUUAAACCAUGCAGUUUGGAAAACAAGCUACAAGACUGGCAUGCUUCUUGGAGGUAUACAAUUGUGUAAACAUUUUGAAGUAUACAAUUGCGUGAACAUUUUAAAGUUGACUAAAUGUGUGAAGUUCUAUUUGUUUAUAUGUUGCAACAAUUUAGUCUGGUCAUCUGAGUGGCACAAAUGAGUUAAUUUUUUAGUAUUCUGGAUUUAUUAGAUGUGGGGGUGGGGGGUAUGAAUUGAUGAUGACAUCCUUGUAUUAUAUAUUUCAAUGUGUAUUGCCUUUUAGAAUGCUUUGUAUCCAGUGGGCAUCUAUGGCUUUCUGCAAACAAAAGUCCACAAAACCGUUUGCUUUCCAACUUUAAUGAAUCUAAAAUAUCUUGAUACUUGCUCAUGCUAUAUGUACAGUACAGUUCUCUCUAUAGUAGUUUAUGGAAAAGACAAGAGGAAGGAGAUGGCAGAUGUUGUGAGAAUAACACUACCAAUGAGUAAGGAAAUAACUUGAAAGGUUUUUUCACAAGGAUAAAAUUGUACAGUGAACAUAAAUGCAAUUGUAUUGAUAUGGUGUGAGUUUGAAAAUUGUAUUAUAAAUGGAAACUUGACCUGUUUAUUGUUAAUGUUACUGCAUUUGGAUAACUGUACAGAUGUAACGUAAUUAGUUGUAUUUAAGUUCUAUGAUCCAUAUUGUCGCAAACUGGCAAAAUGUUAACAAAUCUUAUGAUCAUUUGUUUAUGAAGAUCUUUUCGGAUGUCAAUUGGAAUUUCAGCUACAAAUUAAAAAUGUUCUUCAGUAACAA